GCAGACACACUAUGUGUAACUUUAUGGAAGUACAUCGUAAUUUCUGUCAUGCUUUUGCUUUUCUCUUUCCCCCCAAAAAAAGUUUCUAUAGGGUACCAAUACCUCUUCCACCAUUUGCUUUAGUUUCAGUGCCUGUUUCACAGAAGGAUGCAUGUCAUAGAAGAAGUCAAAAUCAGUCCUGAAUAAUAGGAGCCCUUCUGCCAGAUUAUCUAAUGUUGGUUUUUCUGGUAGUUUAUUCUGUGUUUUCUUCCUUGUUAUCUGGCACUGGAUCUGAAGCACUCAUCAAGCUGUCUUCUGUUAAUUCCUCUGGUUUAGUGUCUGUUAGCUCUUGAGUUUCUUCAAGAUCCAUUUCUUGAAGUCCUUUACCCACUCUCCCGCCAUUUUUGGUAUAUUCACAGUCUCUUUCGUGAUUUCCUUGAUUGGCUCUGUUGUAAAUCCUGUGAAGUUAUAUAACACAACACCUGGACAAAGUAUUCUUUAGCACAAACUUAUUGUUUUGGGCUUAUGGCUUUCAUGGCUUUUUCAAUAACAGUGGCAUCUUCAAUGAUGUAAUACUUCCAGAUUUUCCUGAAGUUUUCUCUAUUGGUGUUCUUUUCCAUAGUUGACAGUCCUUUCCAUAGAAAAUCAUGUUUAAUGAGCCUUAAAGGUCCUUGCGACCUCCUGAUCUAGAGACUGAUUUAAAGACAUUGUGUUUGGGGGCAAGGACACCACUUCAGUGCCUUUGGUGUUGAAUUCAUGGGGUUCUGGGUAGUGGGGAGGUGGGGCACUAUCUAAUAGCAGAGGAACUUUAUAAGUCAGUCUCGUAUUGGGAAGGUACUUCCUGACUUCAGGGAGAAAGCAUCCAUGGAACCAGUCCAGAGAAAAGGUUUUUGUUCUCUAGGCCUUCUUAUCCAACAAAGACUGGCAGCUGAUGUUUAUCUUUCCCUUUCAAGAUUGAGGGGUUAGCAGGUUUAUAGAUAAGGACAGUCCUGAUUAUAAACACAACUGCAUUUGCACAGUACAGUAGGGUUAGCCUAUCCCUUCCUGGCUUAAAUCCUGGUGUUCACUUCUCUUCCUUACUAAUGUCUUUUGUAGCAUGUUUUCCAGAAUAGGGUACUUCCAUCAGCAUUAACAACCUGAUUUGGGAGAUACUCUUUCUCCUCAGUGAUUUUCUUAAUGGCAUCUGGGAACUCAUCUGCUGCCUCUUAGUUGGCAGAACUGGCUUCUCCUGUUAUCUUGAUAUUUCUAAAGCCAAAGCCAAACCUAUUUCUUCUUCUUUUUUUUUUUUUUAAAUUAUACUUUAAGUUCUAGGGUACAUGUACACAACGUGCAGUUUUGUUACAUAGGUAUACAUGUGCCAUGUUGGUUUGCUGCACCCAUUAACUUUUCAUUUACAUUGGGUAUUUCUCCUAAUGCUGUCUCUCCCCCAGCCCCCCACCCCAUGACAGGUUCCAGUGUGUGAUGUCCCUCUCCCCCACCGUGUCCAGAUGUUCUCAUUGUUCAGUUCCCACCUAUGAGUGAGAACAUGUGGUAUUUGGUUUUCUGUCCUUGUGAUAGUUUGGUCAGAAUGAUGGUUUCCAGCAGCAUCCAUGUCCCUGCAAAGGACAGGAACUCAUCUUUUUUAUGGCUGCAUAGCAUUCCAUGGUGUAUAUGUGCCACAUUUUCUUAAUCCAGUCUAUCAUUGAUGGACAUUUGGGUUGGUUCCAAGUAUUUGCUGUUGUGAAUAGUGCCACAAUAAACAUACGUGUGCUUGUGUCUUUAUGGUGGCAUGAUUUAUAAUCCUUUGGGUAUAUGCCCAGUAAUGGGAUGGCUGGGUCAAAUGGUAUUUCUAGUUCUAGAUUCUUGAGGAAUCCCCACACUGUCUUCCACAGUCAAACCUCUUUCUAAAAUUAUCAAAUCAUCCUUUACUGGCAAUUAAUUCUUUAUCUUUAGAUCCUUCACAUUCCUUUUGCUUUUAAGUUGUCAUAUAGUAACUUAACUUUUUCUUGAAUUGUAUUAGUCUAUGUUUUUAAAAUAGCAAUCCUGCAUCUGCAUAAAAGUUGCAUUUUUAAUACAAGAUAAAAAAAUCCACAAAAAGUGCAAGGUUUUCACACCUCUUGGCAUAGCUGCUGCAGUGGCUUCAUGAAUUUUUUUCUUUUUUUACAUUGAUUCUUAUUCUGGAUUCAUUUAUCUUGAAAUAGCAGGCCAUCGCAGCUACAGAUUUUAAUCUGUGGUACAUAUCAAGCAAUUCAUCUUUCUAUUAUAAUGUCAUGACUUUACUUCUUGGGAGCACUGCCAGCAUCACUAGUGGCAUGUUGUAUGAGUUCCAUGGUGGUGUUCAAGGUUUACAGUAUAGCACUGAACAUGAUGAAAAAUGCAAGAGAACUGUGAGAGGUUACUUUUUACUGACUUACAAAAUGUACUGGCAAGACGAACUGCUCAUGGGGAGAUGAUUAGCAUCACAUGGCCUUUUAAGUGGCAACUUGGAACACUUGAGCUCACAGGAUAGCUGCAGGAGUAUGGAAAUUUCAUUGAUAACCUAAGACUCUUCACCAGGGGAGGAUCUGGUGGAAUGGGUUAUCCUCGUUUAGGUGGAGAAGGUGGAAAAGGUGGUGACGUCUGGGUUGUAGCCCAGAACAGAAUGACUUUAAAACAACUUAAAGACAAGUAUCCUCAGAAACGGUUUGUGGCUGGAGUAGGAGCAAACAGCAAAAUUAGUGCACUGAAAGGCUCCAAAGGAAAAGACUGUGAAAUCCCUGUACCUGUGGGUAUUUCAGUAACUGAUGAAAAUGGUAAAAUUAUAGGAGAACUCAAUAAAGAGAAUGAAAGAAUUUUGGUAGCUGAAGGAGGUCUUGGUGGUAAAUUACUUACAAAUUUCUUACCACUGAAAGGCCAGAAACGAAUAAUUCACCUUGAUCUAAAACUUAUAGCUGAUGUAGGUCUAGUAGGAUUCCCAAAUGCUGGAAAAUCCUCUUUGCUAAGUCGUGUUUCUCAUGCAAAACCUGCAAUUGCAGAUUACGCAUUUACAACAUUAAAGCCUGAACUUGGAAAGAUUAUGUACAGUGAUUUCAAACAGAUAUCAGUAGCUGAUCUUCCGGGUUUAAUAGAAGGAGCACAUAUGAACAAAGGAAUGGGCCACAAAUUCCUCAAGCAUAUAGAAAGAACUAGACAACUACUUUUUGUUGUUGAUAUUUCUGGAUUUCAGCUUUCUUCUCACACUCAAUACAGAACAGCUUUUGAAACCAUAAUACUGCUUACAAAAGAGUUGGAAUUGUACAAAGAGGAACUUCAGACAAAACCUGCACUCUUGGCAGUUAAUAAAAUGGACUUGCCAGAUGCCCAAGAUAAGUUCCAUGAAUUGAUGAGCCAGCUCCAGAAUCCUAAAGAUUUUCUGCAUUUAUUUGGAAAAAACAUGAUUCCAGAGAGGACUGUAGAGUUCCAACAUAUCAUCCCCAUAUCUGCAGUUACUGGAGAAGGAAUCGAAGAAUUAAAGAAUUGUAUAAGAAAGUCACUGGAUGAACAGGCCAACCAGGAAAAUGAUGCACAUCAUAAGAAACAAUUGCUUAAUUUGUGGAUUUCUGAUACAGUAUCUUCUAGUGAGCCACCAUCAAAGCAUGCUGUUACUACUUCCAAAAUGGAUAUAAUUUAAAUAUAUUAAAAAUGGUAUUGAUGGAAUAGUAUUUAAUGCUUAAAAACAAGGAAAUCCUUUCGUCUGUGACAACUUGGAGGACAUGUUAAGUAAAUAAGCCAGGCUUAGAAAGACAAAUGCUGCAUAAUCUCACUUACAUGUGGAAUCUUAAAAAGUUGAACUCAUAGAAGGAGAGAAUAGAAUGGUGGUUAUCAAGGGCUGUUGGGGCAGUGGAGGAUUGAGGAGAUGUUGGUCAAAAUAUACAAAAUUUCAGUUAGACAAGGCAACUGAGUUCAAGAAACCUAUUGUACAGCUUGGUGACUGUAAUUAACAACAAUGUAUUUUGAAAGUCACUGAGUAAAUUUUAAGUGGUUUUUCCAAAAAAGCACAUAAGGUAAUGCACGUUAAUUAGCUAUAUUGAGCCAUUCCACAAUGUAUAGAUAUUUCAAAACAUGUUACACAUGAUAAAUCCAGUUUUUCUACAUCAUUUUUUAAAAUUAUAUUUAAUUUUUUUAUUUUGAAAGUUUUUUCACAGAUCUUUUUUUUGGUAUUAUUACCUUCUGAUAUAUGUGUCAUUAUUGCAGAACCAUACCUUUAAAGUUAUUAUUUUGUAAUUAAGUAUGUCCACAGUAAAAAAUAACCAGUGGCCAGCCAUGGUGGCUCAUGCUUGUAAUCCCAGCACUUUCGGAGGCCAAGGAGGGCAGAUCACUUGAGGUCAGGAGUUCAAGACCAGCCUGGCCAACAUGGUGAAACCCCAUCUCUACUAAAAAUAUAAAAAAUUAGCCAGGCAUAGUGGCACAUGCCUGUUGUCCCAGCUACUCUAGCGGCUGAGGCAGGAGAAUCGCUUGAAUGCAGGAGGUGGAGGAUAUAGUGAACCCGAGGUGGCGCCACUGUACUCCAGCCUGGGUGACAGAGCUAGACUCCAUCUCAAAAAAAAAAAAAAAGAGCUAAAAAAUUACAUUUUACAAGUUUAUGGCCAGCCCACCUGUAAUAACAUUCUCUGAUAUUCCUUUACUUAGGUUGUCCCUAUUGAGAUCAUUUUUUAAAUUUAUGUAGAAGGAUUCUCUAGAUUAUUAUUAGAAUGAGCAAUUCAGUUUUGUUUGUUUUUGAGCCUGUCUUGUAUCUGGUUGCACUAAAUAUAUAAUAGUUAUUUUUUGUGGAGACCUUAAAACCCUAAAUUUGAACACAUGUUCAAUGAUAAUAAAGAUAUAACAGAAACUA